AUGCACUGCGACUUCGCACCGCCGCCGCCAACGAACCAGAUCUCCCCGUCCCCCACCGCAUCGUCGCCGUUGACGCCGCCGCCGAGAAAACGGGGCCGUCCCCGAAAGGAUUGGGAUGCCGUCCCGAAGCUGCCCGGCCCAAACGACUCUGGCUCCGAUGCGGCCCGCAUACAACGCACACCGGCUCCGUCGUCGGGCGAACCGACCUUCCCCUCGCUCCUGAACUCCGGCGACCUCGAGCUCCUACACCACUACAUGUGCCACACGGCCAUCACCUUGGGCGAGCCCCAUGUAUGGCGCGAGCACGUCCCGAAGCUCGGCUUCAAGCACCACUACGUGCUUCACAUGGUCCUUGCCAUAUCGGCGCAGCACCUCGCGAGGCUCCGGCCAGCGCAGGCCCGCCACUACGAGACCCUCGCGGAGCGACACUCGACGAGCGCCUUGCCGGCCGUGGCGAGCCUCAUCCCGCGACUGGACAAGGACAACUGCCAGGCCCUGUACCACACCACCGUCCUCGUCUGCUUCUCGACGUUCGCAAAGAAGCCGACCCCCGGGCAUCUCCUGGUCGUUGCCGAGGACGGCGAGGUCCCGUGGUGGGGGCUCAUGCGCGGCGUCCGCAUCGUCGUCCAGAACGUCGGCAUACAGACCAUCAUCUCAGGCUGGCCCGACGAGAGCGUCACCUUUGAGCAGCACUGGACGCACUGCCCUGCCCUGCCCGAACCCGUCCACAAGGCGGUGCUCUGGGAGACCCGCCUCGAAGAGCUGGCCGAUCUGGUGGCCACCACGGCCGACGCCGAGCGGGUGAUGUUCACCGCCUCGCUCGGGGCGUUGAGGGACUGCUUCAGGAUGACCUUCGGCACCGAGGCCGAGCCCGAAAAGCGCGUCCAGGGCCGGUUCGAGAUUGUCAUGCGGUGGCUGUACAGCAUGGACGACGACUUCGUGGCCCGCCUGCAGCAGAGGCAGGCCCUGCCCCUUAUUCUCCUGGGCCAUUUCGCCGUUCUCGUUCAGCUGCUCGAACAUUUCUGGUUCAUGGAGGGAUGGGCGGAACACCUGCUGAACGGGCUGUUCGUCGCUCUGGAUCCUCAGUACGCCACCUGGCUCGAGUGGCCUGCUCAACAGAUCAGACGGACUGGAUCUGGAUCCGGGUCUACCAACCGCGGCGUCCUUUCGGUGCAGAGGAUGAUUGACUGA